AUGGCGCCCAAAACCCUCUCCUCCUUCCUCUCUCCCUUCACCCUAAACACUAUCCCCACCACCAAGGUCCCCAACCACCACACCAACCCCUCUCUCAUCCUCUGCCGUUUCUCUCCUUCCCACCCCAAACCACCGCUCCCGGAGCCCCGCUUACCCGAACCCGAAGGCACCGGCGCCGCCGCCCCCACCCCCGGCGACCGCUUCCUCGAAAGCCGCCGCUCCUUCGACGCCGCGAAGAUCAUUCUCAAGGAGAAGAAGAAGAAGCGCCUCAAGGAGAAGCCUCUGAAGCUCUCCACCGCCGUCGCUUGCUGCUACGGCUGCGGAGCUCCGUUACAGACUUCGGAGCCGGAUGCUCCGGGUUAUUCCGACCCGGAGACAUAUGCAUUGAAGAAGAAGCACCACCAGCUUAAAACUGUUAUAUGUGGAAGAUGCAAGCUUCUGUCUCAUGGUCAUAUGAUAACUGCUGUGGGCGGGAAUGGGGGUUAUUCUGGCGGGAAACAGUUCAUCAUGGCGGAGCAGCUUCGGGAGAAGCUUUCGCAUUUGCGCUACGAGAGAGCGCUGAUAGUUAAAUUGGUUGAUAUUGUGGACUUCAAUGGUAGCUUUUUGGCUCGUGUGCGUGAUUUGGCCGGUGCGAAUCCCAUUAUAUUAGUCAUUACUAAGAUCGAUUUACUUCCCAAGGGGACUGAUUUUAAUUGCAUUGGUGAUUGGGUUGUAGAGGCCACUGUAAAGAAGAAGCUUAAUGUUAUGAGCGUUCAUCUGACGAGUUCAAAGUCUUUGGUUGGAGUAGCUGGAGUUGCAUCAGAGAUUCAAAAGGAAAAGAAGGGGCGCGACGUGUAUGUUAUGGGCUCCGCAAAUGUUGGGAAAUCAGCUUUCAUCAGUGCUUUACUGAAACUGAUGGCGGAAAAGGAUCCAGUUGCCGCAUCAGCGCAAAAGUACAAACCAAUACAAUCUGCUGUUCCUGGAACUACCUUGGGUCCAAUUCAAAUCAACGCUUUCCUAGGAGGAGGGAAAUUAUAUGACACACCUGGAGUUCAUCUCCACCAUAGGCAAGCAGCAGUGGUUCAUUCAGAAGACCUACCUUCCCUUGCUCCUCAAAGUCGUCUUAGGGGUCAAUCUUUGCCUAAUUCUCAGGUUUCUGGAAAUGGAACAACAAGGAAAGGCAAUUCCAAUGACUUGAUUGGCUAUUCAAUAUUCUGGGGAGGUCUUGUCAGAGUAGAUGUCUUAAAGGUUCUCCCUGAAACACGUUUAACGUUUUAUGGGCCAAAGAGUCUUCAGAUUCAUAUGGUACCAACUGAUGAGGCAGAUGAAUUUUACCAGAAACACGUUGGAGUCUUACUGACACCUCCAACUGGGAAAGAAAGAGCAGAUGAAUGGAGAGGUCUCGACUCUCAGCGUCAAGUGCAAAUAAAAGUUGAAGAUGUGCAAAGGCCAGCAUGUGAUGUGGCUAUAUCAGGCUUAGGGUGGAUUAGUAUUGAACCUAUUUGCAGAUUAUUAAGAAGUUCUGAUUCAAAUUCAGAAAAAACUGCAGGGGAACUGCAUUUAGCUGUGCAUGUCCCCAAGCCAGUCGAAAUAUUUGUUAGGUCUCCAAUCCCAGCGGGCAAGUCUGGAGCAGAGUGGUAUCAGUACCGGGAGUUGACCGAAAAAGAAGAGGAAGAAAGACCCAAAUGGCAUUAUUGAUUCUUGUAUAUGUAGAGAAAUAUGCAGUCAAUUAGUGUUGUAAAGAGGUGAGUAGAUAUUCAUACAUAUAGACUAUAGAAACAUGGACAAUGCGAGUGUAGCCUGUUGUACUGAACCAGUCUGUUUGAGAGAAGAAAGUUUUGACUCUUUUAUAUCGUAGAAA